AGGUCUGCAGAGUUGAUUAGAUUACCCUGCCAUGUGGCCCGCUUAUUGAUAGAUGAAUUCAACUGGUUCAGGAAGUCUGGAGAGCCGAGCCGAGGCAGGUCUGAUUCUCAUAAUUGGGGGUGCGUGCACAAUAUUGAAGUUUAGGUGAACAUUUUACCGCACGACAUGGGUCCCGUUGCUCUUACAGUGAGAUGGAGUGAUUGACUACGGCCACAGUGCUGCAUUCUGCAUAAUUCAUGAUUUGGUGUAUUUUUAUUUUUUAAACUCUCUAAUUGGUUAAUCAUAGAAAAACGACAUAUAUAGUUUACUAUACAAUACUGAUUAAAAUGUUACAUUUUUUUCUCACACUGUCACAUAAAGGAUUGAACUACAGAUCCCUAUGUUGAAUUUCACAUAUUUUUCCUGCGGCACUGCCUCUUAAAUGUUUUGAUGAUCCGGGCGCCUGUUAAAACUGAUAUCGAUCUUUGGAAUGAUGACUUAAUGCAAUGCGAUCCUUAAACUGCCAGAGCAGGAAAGUUAUCUUUCAGUUGUGCUUCUUUUUUUUUUCGUCUAGCAUGAAAUUUCCCAGAGCUAAAGCACGUUAGAACCAGUUCCAUUUCUUACUGCUUCAUUUUACCUGUUAUUAAUCUCAGGCAGGAAUAAAAAGGGCGAGAGUCGUUUUGGACGCAAAAUUUGUUUAUUUUUUAAAUAUCUUCUUAAAUGGAAGCUUCAAGGCAGAUAAUAUUUAAGACUUAAGUCUUAAACCGUUAAACUGCGUGUCUAAAUUCUGAGAGGAAAAGGGAGUUAGUCGCAAACAUAAUACGCCCUCCUGUUGACCUUACUGAGCGGAUCUCUUUCACGCGCUCUGAACCCCAGCGCGCGCCUCCGGAGCGCUCGUGGGGCUGUCAUACUUGUCCCCCUGACUGUCAGUGAAAUUUAUUAGCAGCUUAUCUGGCAGAAGAAAUUCGCUACGAGCACAUGGAGGGACAGUUACUGUGGGUGCUGUGCGAGGGAAAGCGCCGAGGAACCAUACUUUUCUGAGUCUUCAAGACACCUUUUCACAGCGUUGUGAUGGUGGAAUAGGACGGUCAUGUGGUGUAGGAGAAAAAGGAGGCACAGGUAUCGGAAUGCCACAGGCUGUCUCACUGCUGUCCUUCCUGCUAGUGCUCAUUGGAUAUGCUUUUGCAGGGCUCAAUAUCUGGCCCUCCUUGCAUUCUGCCCUAAGCAACAGCAGCGUAUUUGUGGACUUCAGCAUAAAAUCCAACAGCAGCACCAUCCGGAGCAGGAGCCUAUCUCUGGUCAACACGGAAAGCAACACCACUGUUCUGACCAAGACUCUCCACAACAAUCAACCGGCUGGCAGGGUGGAGUUCAACUGCUCCUGCUUCCCGUACGCAGGAACUUUCCGGUUCCUGCUGAGACAAACCAGCAUCUCCACUGUUUUCCCUACUAAUAGCACAGAGGGCAGUAGCAUAGAGAGCACUACCUGGUGGUGGAGUUCAGAACUACAAGUCCAUUGGCCAACCUUUCAUAUUGCCGUGGAGAGAGCUGGGAACCACUCGGGAUCCUUUCAGGUUGGGAUAUCCACUAAUGAACACUUUCAGGCUUGUUCCAGCGGCAUUGAUUCUGCUCUCUCACUAGAAGUCAGCUAUGUGGAGUACAACCAAAUAGGUCAUAACAGCAUCAACAAGGUCCGAGCCCUCACCCGAAUCCCAAUCAAACCCCUCCGUUCUCAGAGUGUUGAACUGUCCUGUGCCUUCCCUUUCACAGACAGAGAUUUCAUAAGAGUUGCUCUACGGUCUCCUCACACAGCACAGGAGGUGAAGAGCUCUGGACCGCUCUACCUGUCCCGUAUCUUCUCCUAUAAGUUGCUAGUGGAAAAUGCCAAUGCUUACAAGAGUGGCUGUGAGGGGACUAUGACUGUUAAAUUGAUCACCCCGCCCUGUGCUCACAUCAAUGGGAAAGUAUUACUGUAUAGCGAUGCUGCCUCAUCUGCAGUGAUGGGGUUCAGACCAGAGGAGCCCACUUCUCCCCCGUUGGCCUUUAACUGGCUGACUCAUGGAGAGAAUGAAACUGAAUUCAACUGCUCAGUGUUUUACCCGGGAAGGAAUAAGUACUGCUUUCGCUUUGUUUUCAACUACAGCCGCUCGCCCAGUCCAGCACAGACGUGUCUGGUGGCUUACAAAAGUGCAGAGUCAUGGGGGCCAUGGCAGCCGUGGAGUGUGUGCAGCGUGAGCUGUGGAGAAGGGGUGAGGGAACGAGUGCGUGAGUGUUUACUGCCCUCAGGUGUGCGAGGGAUGCAGUGCACUGGCAUGAUCAAGGAGCAGUCCCUGUGUUCACUAGAGGAUUGUGUCGUGGUACCAGCUCCUUCUCCAUCUCUCCCACCUGCACCGGUUGGAGCUGCACCCUUGGGCGGUAACAUGAUUGUGGUAGUUGGUAUCUCCCUUUGCCUGGCUGUGAUUAUGGCUACUGUUGUGGUGACUGUGUGGAGAAAAUUUUGCCAGAGCCCUCAGUGCAGCUCUGUGCGGAAAAGCUCCAUGCAUUCUCCUGGAGGGCGCAAGCUCUCAGAUGAGGCCUCCAUCUUUGGGCACAGCCUACAAAGACCCAGCCUGUCUGAUGUUCACAGCCCUUCAGGGGGCAUGGGUGUGGCUGCAGCCCAAAAAGAUGGGGCUUUCUUGGGAAGUCAACCUCUCUCACAGACCAUGGUGAUACCACUCCCACAGGACCCAGAAAGGCUAUCUCCCACUGGCCAGAAGGUGUUUCCACCAAUAUUUGGGUACAAAUUGGCACAACAACAGUUGAAAGAGAUGAAGAAGAAGGGCUUAAAGGAGGCUACACAGCUGUACCAUGUCUCUUCGAGCCCCGUCCAUGACACUGUUGUAGACACAUCUGCUUCACCCACCAUCUCUCCCAUUCCUACACCGAUCGGAUUUGCUCAUUCUGCCUCCCCUUUAGGUCUACAGGGUGAUUCUAAACUCAAGAACUUUCACAUUGCAGCUCCCUUUUCUGAACCACUAUCACAGACUUUUAGGGCCACACCAGACAGACUGAGUCCUAGAGUGGAACUGAUCAUAGGUCCUCCUGUUGCUGCUCACGCAAGUAGGAGCAGCUCCAAGUGGCAUGACCGCACUGCUGACUGGGUAGAGAUGGUAGAGAGGACUGGGCUAACAGGUUUCAGAGAAGAAGGACAUGCAGCAAUGGGAAACUCUUAUCAUAAGAAUCCAAAUUUCCGACGGACUUCCAGUUUUAAUGAUGCCAAACCUCAGCUACCGUCGUCCGCACAGUCCAGACAGUUCAGAGAAAGAAGCCUGACCCAGGUGGGAUCUCGGACUCUUCCCGAAGGAAGCUGUUGGAGCAAAGGAGAGUGGGAGAGACAGCCAUAUCGCUCUUACCCAAUUCCAGAGCAUGGGGCUUCAGAGUGGACUAGAUCCAGACUCCAGAAAAGUGACGGGAGGAAGCCCUGGACAGAGAAACCAGCGCUUUCGCACAUUAAUGAAAUCAAACAUGCAGGAACCAACACAAACACAAUUUCAGCAUCUGGGACACAGGGUAAAUCUGACUUUAAUAGCACAGCAGAGAGGAGAAAGAACAGUGAGCAAGUUUCAGGGAUCGGGGGUCCCGCCGCAGCACCUGUUAGUUCUCAGGGAGUGAACCAGUUGAGUUUGGAUCGGGCUGAACAGAACUGGAACCGUCGUGGACCCUCACCAAUUCAGAGGAACAUCCUGGCCCGGAAAUUAAAGGAGGCUCAGUCCUACUCUGCAGCCAAGGGGCGCAAGCGCAGCUCCAGUUUUACUGCUUCAUCCUCAGAGCAGAGGAAAGGUCGCUGCCACUCUCUGCCCGUGACUGAGGAGUACAGCAGUAGCGAUGGCUCUCCCUACAAGCUGAGCGAGGCAGAACAAAAGAUGCUGGAUCUAGAUCUGUCCUCGUCAUAUGUAUGGGAGGAGGAGUAGAUCACAAACUACAGCUGAGAAAAACUGCCACUGAUAAUUACAUUUAUCCUUUGCCCUUCACCCUACGUCUGUGUACCCACCUAUGUAUUGUAAUGUUACGGAUUUAUCUCUAUAUGUUUUUAUCUUUUAAAGUUCUUAUUUUAGACUUUUUUAAGGUUUGUUUUGAUAUUUUGUAAUAUUAUUACUGACUUUGUGAAUUGGUAAAGUUUUAUUUAAUUCACUGUAUGCCAUUGCUGAGAUUUUUAACACACUUUGGAAAUACAUUUCUGCUCUGUACUUCAACAGCUGGUACAAUAAACCUGUCACAUUAUCUAAAUGCACUCGUAAAAUCAAUACCUAGACCUAGAUAAUGUUCUAGUUUUAUUUCCACAUUGCUAUAUGUGUUUCUUUUAUAGUGCUGCCUAUACUGAAACGGCACCAGCUACACUAGGGUUCACUGUUUAAUGUGAGAUCUAAGCAGUGUCAAAUAUGUAAUGAAAAUUACACAGUUGUAUCAAUUGUAACUAUGCUUGAGGACAAUCAAAUGAACAUCAGAGAGGUUAUGGAUGAAAUGCUGUUUAUUUUAAUGUUUGGUUAAUAGACACUUUACAGAAAGAAAUGGAUACAAUAUGGUAUUACUGAUAUUUGAUAAAUUCUUUUAAAAAAUCGCAAAGGGAGAAAUUAAAACAUGGCAAAGAA